UGCAUUCAUAUAUAUUUUUUUAAUAUUGGAUAUAAUAUAUAAUUUAUGCAAUGAAAAAAAUUAGAAUUCAUCCUCCGAAUUUUCAGAACCCAAAAGCAGCAUUAAAAGAAUUUAAAAAACUCAACUGGAAUGGGUUGCGAAUUGCCAUAUCAAUAUUAUUGGUUUUAUCAUUUUGUACUCAUAGCGCAUGUACAUGGUUUCCUGUGUGGUUAAAACAGUAUGAUAUACAUAGCCAAGGGAUUUGGAGAGUUUGUAGUCAGACAAGAGAUGGAAUUAAAUGUCUUCGAUAUAUUGCGUUACCAGAAUACUACGCUACUAUACAAGCAAUGAUGGUGACAGGAGGGGCAAUACAUGUUUUAAGUUUCAUAUACUUUGUUUACAUGUUAAAGCUAAAAACAAGAUCAGCUCUACCACUAGCUGGUACUUUGACAAUAACUGGCAUUCUUUCAAUCAUUGCGUUGUCAAUAUUUACAGAAAAAAAUUUAAAAACAGUGUUAAGUUCAAGCAUGGAAUUUGGUUGGAGUUAUUUUGUUGGGUGGAUAGCGUCAGCGAUAUGUAUUAUUGCUGCAGUGUUAUCUUUCCAAGAUGCAAGACGAAAACUUGACAACAGUGAAAGUUCAAUUAAACUGAACAACAAAAAGCUUGACAACAGUGAAAAUAAACUAAACAACAAAAAACUUGCUAACAAAAACACGAUUAACAACAACCAUUAAAAAAUUAACCACUGCAAAAGUUUGAUCAAAACCUUAAAAUUUAUAAUAAAAUGCUUUAUUACCCUGAACUAUUAAAAAAUUUUCACCUAAAACAUAGUUAAUCUGAACAGCCUGGUGAAAGCUAGCAAUUAUAUCUGAUAUUUUUAUCUCGUUAAUCUGUUUUAAAUGUAAUGGAAAUGACAAUUUGACUGAACAUUGAUGAAAAACAAUGAUUGUAUUCAAUUUUGUAUGGUUCGCAUCUAUUUUGAGUAAAUUAACGAGUACCUUUGUUUGAACAAUUAACAAAUUUAAAAUCUUAGCUUAUUUUGUAUAUUUUAUUGGCAUCUUUAACUAAAAAUAUACAAAAAAGUUUACUUAUCUAAUGUGUUGUUUUUUUGUAUCUGUUUUUGCUCUUAGAUUUGUAACAGAGGAAUUAGCAUAAGUUUAUAAGAAAUAUUUUUAAAUAUCAAUACGAUUGAAUUCACCAGAUUUAUAUAAAUGAAAC